AUGGCAACCUCAUUAUCGACCCCACUGUAUGAAGUUCCGGUUCUUCACACCUCGAGUUCCGGUAUUUCGGAUUCAACUUACUAUGCAGUUUUCGAUAUUUUUCGAGAAAGGCUUUAUGAUAUUUGGCCGAUCGUUGAUGUCGAGCAUUUGAAACUCCAGCUUAAGAAGCCGGACAGUAAUCCAACUUCACACGCCCUAGCAGCAGCUUUAUGUGCGGCGACAUUGGCACAAAGUCGACUUUGGCUUGCACCGACUCCGUACCCCGAAGAUCUCUCCGUGACAGCGGACGACUUUGCCAAAGAAUGUCUUCGUAUUCGUCUUGAACACCACCACCACCAAGAGCCAUCUCUGCAGGCUUUGGUGACAUCUGUCUUCCUUCACAUGUACUAUGCCAAUCGAGAUCAGAUCACACCAGCAACUAUCUCCCUCCGUGAGGCAAUAACUUUUGCAGACCUUUUGCAUCUGUGUCAAAAUCGAUCUGAUGCGGUGCAGUCAAAGGAAUGGCAAUUGGAGCUUCGAUGCUAUUGGAUUCUUUUUGUGACCGAAAGGUUAGUUCAUUAUUCGUCUGGGAAUGAUGUCGAAUCCCAAACAAGGGAUGCGGACUUAUUCAGUGAUAGGACAUUUUGUAUUCAACAUGAUCUACCCAUCACACUGCAAAGAAUUAAAAAUCUGCCCGAAGUGGAGAGAGAUACUACCCAAGGCAAUCUUCAUGCAGGAUUCUGCGCUCUUGUUCAAUUAUUCUUGCAUGUGCAGCGUCCUCUUAUCUUACCACCUACCACCAACAAAGCUAUCGAAGCAACGGACAUGUAUUCGAAAGAUCGAAUAUGGGAUAUCCAAAACCAAAUCCAGGUCAAAAUCCCUGGGCUCGAAUUCACGUCCGAAAUUCGAUAUGUCGAUAUUUUGACUACUUCCGCCUGGGUCCGUACUUUGCUAUGGCAGUAUUCUGCCUCUCGCUUCAUGCUCUCCUCAUCGACUUCUAUUGAGCCGCUAACGUUUGACUACCCCUUAUCCAUUGCGAAGGAUUAUUUGGAGUCCCUUUCGCACGUAUCUACUGAUUCAUUACGCAGCCAUGGAUACGGCAUGGUGAGUCAUUGA